GACCUCUAUGGAGACGGCGAGGAUACGAGCACAGAGUCCGUGGAUCAUCUAGAUUUGAGCAACAAGCUCGUUCUUGUGAGUCCAACAGGUGAACAAUACGAUUCACUACUGAGACACCUGCGGGAGCGGAUAGACGAGGGCUGCGGGGAGACCAUCUAUGUGGUCGGGUUGGGUUCAGAUGGAGGGGACUAUGGGUUGAAUGAGAAGGACAUGGAAGCGUCGGUGGCGACGGUGCGGUCGCUAUGUGAUCAGAUCGAAGCCGACAUAAUCCUAUUGAGGGAAAGAACGGAGUCUGCGGGAAAGAUUCGGGAUUACCUGAUCCGCCGCAGUGUGGGGGAGCAGGACUUUCUGGAAGUAAGAGUGGCGGUUGUGGGGAACGUGGACGCUGGAAAGAGCACGCUGCUGGGAGUCCUAACUCAUGGCGAGCUGGACAAUGGCAGAGGCUUCGCUCGCCAGAAGCUGUUCAGGCACAAACAUGAGAUGGAGAGUGGCAGGACCAGCAGUGUGGGCAAUGACAUCCUGGGUUUUGACCAGGAGGGUCAGGUGGUUAAUAAGCCUGACAGUCAUGGCGGCGGUCUAGACUGGACUAAAAUUUGUGAGAAAUCCUCGAAGGUCAUCACCUUCAUCGACCUGGCCGGCCACGAGAAGUAUCUAAAAACCACAGUCUUCGGGAUGACGGGACACUUACCUGAUUUCUGCAUGCUGAUGGUGGGCAGCAACGCCGGCAUAGUGGGCAUGACCAAAGAGCAUCUCGGCCUGGCGUUGGCGCUAAACGUGCCGGUUUUUGUCGUGGUUACAAAAAUAGACAUGUGUCCAGCAAAUAUCCUACAAGGUAAAUCAGGAUUGAGAAAUCCUCCGUGUUGAUUUAGAUCAGGGGUGUCAAACUCAUUUUGGU